AUUGCGCAUGCGCAGCAUUGUAUGCGCAAUGUGAAUAGCAGUGAACAAGAAGUCAGAGAAAUGUUAAAAAGUAUGUGCUUGUAUAUUAUCAGAAAAAAUAUUCGAAAAAAUGUAAUUAGCAUGUUUGAAUGCGAUAAACAAAUACUUUAGAUAUUCACACGCUACGUCAAGCUAAAUAAAACAAUAACAAAACGCGUUUCAAGCAGUGUUGUUAUUCGUCAGUCGAAAUCGAACGAUCGCGGACGAAAAAAACUCAAACUAAAAUAGAAAAUGUAAAACUAAAUUACAGUGCGCUCUGUGACUUCUAACAUAAUUUAAAGAUUUUAAUUCAGUGCAACUUAAGUCAUUUGACUUAAACUUUAAUUUUUAGAUUAUCGUAAACCAUGGUAUGUCCACAUAUGAAAAAACCAAAGCUGCAAUACAUAAUCUACCCUGGCAUUUUCUUCCUGUUGAGUGGAAUUACGUUGAUGUGCCUCUGCUCGAGUUUAUACACACACGUUUUGAACUCAUCGCUUGGUUUCUCACCGGAUUCCGCCUAUUUCAAAGCAUGGCGGCGUACACAAACACCACCCUACAUGGAAAUAUACCUCUUCAACUGGACCAAUCCGGAAGACGGACACAACGAAAAUAUCAAGCCGCGAUUUACUGAGAUCGGGCCGUUUAAAUUCAAAGAGUACAAAGAAAAAUUUAACAUAACGUUCAACGCCAAUAACACCAUCAGUUUUCGUCAGAAAAAAGUAUGGUACUUUGAUGAGGAAGCGUCAUGUUGUUCGUUGGAUGUAAACGUUACCACAUUAAAUGCUGUUUUAGUCACCUUGUCACACAAAGCAAAGGGUUAUAGCAUGGUAUUGAAAAUGGGUCUUAGUUUUGGUCUGCGGGCAAUGUCACCCAAUCUACACGUGACGAAAACAGCGAGGGAGUUGUUAUUUGAAGGUUACGUUGAUAAUCUAUUGGCUACUCUUAAAAAUACGGGCAUGGCGAGUUUACCAGACAAAUUUGGUUUCUUCCAUGGUAAAAAUGAUACAUCACGUGACGGUUACUACAAUAUGGAUACGCAUCCAAGUGCUAAGGGUCUCAUUCGUAAAUGGAACCAUGAGACAGACACUACUUAUUUUGAAGGUGCAUGUAGUAAGGUACAUGGCACUACAGCUGAGAUGUAUCCGCCCGGACGUGAUCAAACCUCAGUUGCUUUCUUCUCUGGCGAUAUGUGUCGACAACUUAAGUUGGAUUACGAUAGAGAUGAAUCAUUUUAUGGAUUAGGCACCUAUCGCUUUAUAGCUAACACAAGUUUGCUUGAUAAUGGAACUUUAAUCCCAGAAAAUAGUUGCUAUUGUAAUGGCAAGUGUAUGCCAUCCGGGGUGAUGAAUAUCUCUGCGUGCCGUGAAGGAAGUCCUACUUUUAUUAGUAUGCCGCAUUUUCUAAAUGCUGAUCCUGUUUAUCUGGAUGCUGUCGAAGGGCUUAGUCCUGAUCCUGAUAAACAUCAACUGUAUCAGUUGGUUGAGCCAAAUACUGGUUUGGUUGUUGAAGCAGCCAUUAGAAUUCAGAUGAAUUUUCACUUAAAACCCAUCGCUAUGAUGCCGAUUAUUAAUGAUGUACCAAAUGUAAUGUUCCCAAUUUUAUGGUUCCAAACACAAGCGAAAGGUACACCGGAAGUUGCGUCGAAAUUAUCACUUCUUCUCAAUUUACCCGCCAUUUUACAAGGAAUUGCGUACACUGUGAUAGUAAUAAGCGUACUCAUGAUCCUCGUCGGGUUGUAUCUGAAACGUAAAGAGGCAACACCCAUCCUACCCGAAAUACAUCAAUCUGAAGCUGUGCCAUUGAAAAAGUCAGAUUUUGACAGCGGCACGACCAAAUCAAGGUUAUAAUUACCAAAACUUAAAGUACAGCCAUCCAAACCUAGAAAAGAAUUUAAAAUUUACCGCUUAAGUUGCAUAUUAAUAGGUUAGGAACCUAAAAGAACUGAUUGCGUAGUCGUUUUUAAUUUUCGUGCCAAUUCCUAGGUUAUAUUCGUUACCAAAAUAUGUUUUCAUGACUUAAGUGAGUUCGUUAAACUACAUAACUGUAAAAUAUUAAGUUUGCUAGCGAAUUUUUAUUUUGUUAUGUACAUGAGAAAACUAGUCAAUGUUGUAGUUAAAAAUGACCUACACUACGUAAAUCAACCAACUAAUAGUUUAAUGUUAUUAUUACAAGUUAGUAUUAAACUCGAUUAAAAGUCAUCUAAACCAAAAACUACAUAAAUCACAUUUUAAAUUGUUAUACAGUACUAAUUUGUAUAUCACUUAGUGUAAAAGUGAGGUUAAAUUCAAUUUAGUAGAAAUGUCUUGAAUAGUAAUAAUUGCCAUUGGUUCCUAAGUGUUUUUUUUGUAGAAAAAUAAAAGAAAAGAAAAACUAAUCAAAGAAUGUAAUAUUAAUGUAAUAAUAUUUAAAAGAAAAUUGCAUUUGAUGUGAUAUUAUAUUUCUAUGGCAUUUGUUUUGUGUAACACAUUAGAAGUUAUGAAAAGUAAAAUUUAUUCAUAGUAAAAUAGUCAAAAUAUAACAAACGUGUUAUUGUCGUUUAAUAUAAUUGUGAAUCAGGCAUCAUGAAAAAGAUUUACUGUUACAUUUUGUAAUAUUUCAAAAUAUUUAAUAAAGUUUUGAUAUAAACACGAA